UAGUAGGGCGCGCGACAGGUGAUAUCCGACGAAAGGGGAGGCGAGGCCGCGGAAGGAGCAGAACCCCAUCGACGACGAUGGACGGACGCAUCGGAAGAGCGACCCAUUUGUUUCGGGGGCUCUUUUUGCAAAAAUGCAUUGGACCUAGUGGCCCAAGCCCAGUCGAGGGCUCGGCCCAGUCAGCCUUCUCCGUCUCCCUGAAUGCCACCGAACCGCAAGAGGCGAGCAGCAGCCAUGGAUCCCGCGGCAGGAGGCGCCGGCCAGCAGCGCCAGAACAAAGCUUCGGCGGGCAAGAAGGUAAAGAAGGGCGGUGGCAGCGGCGGGAGAUGGCCGGCGGUCAAGCCCAAGAAGGAUCUCCAGAUCAAUCGCCUCAAGGGCACCCACCUCCUCACCAUUCCAGACUUCUUCACUUCUGCGGAGGCGAAGGCUUUCAUUGAUAUCGCUGAGUCGAUGGGCUUCACGCACCAGGGCAGUUUGGGGCCACUAAAGGGGGAGGCUUACAGAGACAACGAACGGAUAUCUGUGACGGAUCCAUUGCUUGCUCAAGCCAUUUGGGAAUCAGGAAUAAACAGGAUUUUUACAGACAUCAGCGUCUCUGGCAAAGUAGCAACAGGAUUGAAUCCAAAUAUCAGGUUCUACAGGUACACUGAAGGUCAGCGUUUUGGUCGGCAUAUCGAUGAGAGUGUCUCCCUCGGGGAUGGUUCUAAAACGUAUUAUACGCUUUUAAUAUACCUUUCUGGCAAAGGAAGUGCAAAGGAUUCAUCUGGGCAAGCUCUUGUCGGAGGGGAGACUGUCUUUUAUGAUCAAAGAGGUGGAGUUGUCGCUGAGGUUGCUCCAGUGCAAGGUAUGGCACUCCUCCACCUACAUGGCGCCAAAUGUAUGCUGCAUGAAGCUCGGGCUGUGAAAAAGAAUGCCAAGUAUGUACUCCGUUCAGAUGUUGUAUUUUCUUAGCUGAAGAAAUGCCUCAACUUGUUUCAGAUCAACCCGUCUAGGGCAUAAUGGAUCUGGGGCUGGGAAGUACUUCUAGUUACUUUCCCCUUUUGUAAGUUGUCAUACAAAGAGUCCUGUAACCUUUUCAAUGUUGGAAGUGAUUCUUUUGGCAUCAGAACCGUGAUCUGUUAUCUGUUGAUGCAUUUGCUGUUGUCCAAGUACAAAAGAAAUCAUUAUAUUUAGCCGCAAACAUUGGCUGAAAGUUCA